UCAGUCAGCAAGCAGCUGCUUUGUUUCUCAGCUAAACUAUUAAACAAAAUGGAUAACACAUGCCCUGUUACAGACCUCUAGCCUGCACAAUUAAUACUCGAUUCAAAGAAAGAGCCUUAGCAAUUAGAAAGGGUAAAUCACCAGACAGCAGAAAACUGCCACUUCGCCAAGCAGGAUGAACUAGACUGGAUAACAUUUGUAAAUGUUAAAGCUAAGUACAGCCCCCUGCUCCAGGAUAUUACCUCUUACCCUGGGGACAGAAUGCUGGCAAAGCAUUUUUUACCCCAUGGAAAGCACUUUUAAGACUGUCAAUCUUGGAAAACUUAUUCAUUGCAGCAACCUGGAUGUAAUUCAUAACUUUACUUUGGUUUAACACACGCAUAAGAACUUCUGGUUUUAGCACACAGCCACAGAAGAACUUGGAAUCUGCUAAAACGUCAGAAAGAAAGUAUUCUCCACAGUCAACACACGAGCAGACCUCCAUCAGCUCAGUGAAGCCAAGUACAUUGCUCUGUGAGAAAAUGAAGACUUUGCAGGCUGCUUUUUUCCUGGUUGCGUUUGUACCUUUGGUGAAGCCAGCACCAACAAUACAGCAAGAUUCAUCCGAGUUGAAUAAGUAUGAUACAGAUAUUGCCAUGGGAAGCCUGAUCCAACAGGAUUAUGAAAUGCUGUCCAAGGAUAUAAUAAAGGAUGGAACAAAUGUUUCUCUUGACACCGGCCUGAGACUGCAAGGAGAUGACAGUGAACUGAGUGCCAGACCCACUAAGGAUACAAAUUUGCCUACCUGCCUGCUCUGCGUGUGUUUAAGCGGCUCGGUGUACUGUGAGGAAAUAGAUAUUGAAGCUGUCCCCCCACUGCCAAAGGAAACUGCCUAUCUUUAUGCACGAUUUAAUAAAAUAAAGAGGAUAGCUGUCUCAGAUUUCGCUGACAUUACUACUUUGAGAAGAAUUGAUUUCAGUGGGAAUAUGAUAGAAGAAAUAGAAGAUGGAGCCUUUUCAAAGCUUUUGUUAUUGGAAGAACUUUCUCUUGCUGAAAACCGACUUGUGAAACUUCCAGUUCUACCUCCCAAGCUAACAACAUUUAACGCGAACCAAAACAGAAUCAAGAGCAGAGGAAUCAAAAACAAUGCUUUCAAGAAACUGACAAAUUUGGCCUACCUCUACUUAGGACAUAAUGCACUGGAAUCUGUUCCCCUUAACCUACCAGAAAGUCUUCGCAUUCUGCACCUUCAGCACAACAACAUUACUACCAUCAAUGAUGACACUUUCUGCAAGUCCAAUAACACACGGUACAUCCGCACACGUAUGGAUGAGAUAAGGAUGGAAGGAAAUCCAAUCCUCCUGGCAAAGCACGUCAAUGCUUUCUCCUGCUUGAGAACACUGCCCGUAGGAACAUACUACUAGCUACUGCUUACGUAACUACAUGUGCCAAAACUCACAGUAACAAAAGACCAUUCUUAUUACUGUUUACAUGUUUAUAUCUUCUCCAUGCUAAAGCAAUUUUCCCUGUUGAAAUGAGGUUCUCCUCUGAAAUAACUCUUUCAAAGCAGUCAUUCUAUUUAGGAGUUACAAUACCCCCCAAAUUUCCAGACUCUUCUGUUAAUCCAAGUGUAAAAAUACAGAAGUACACAUACAUAUAUUUCCACCUUGCAAUUCAGCAGUUACUCAUUACAUGCAGCUAAAACCCUGCAACUGCUACUUCACAUUCUUCACCACUUCCCAGAAAAAUCAAGAUAUUUUACUUUGAUAAACCAAACCAUUUCUUGAGAAGCUAAAUUUUUACUCCAGUCAAAUUUGUUUGGUCCUGGAAUGAAACAAUUUCAGUUAAAACUUCAAAAUUGCAUGGAAAAAAAAAAA